GCGCCUUGCUCGCUUGUGGCAGCGAGUUUGUGCCUCUCGUGCGAUCUCUCGUCUUAUCACGCGUUCGUCGUUUGCUAUCUGUGGUGGAACCUCCUCUCGGAGUCUGUGAUCGUCGUGUUUGAUUGAUCGAUACCCGCUCUGCUCCGCUCCUUGAUUGCACGGAAACGUUUUAAGAAUGUCGUACAACAUAACCGCAAUGCCCGCGUGCCCGGAGCCGUUCUUAGGACCGAGCCUCGGUGCCAACUGUCCAGGCCCACAAUUUUUGACUUUCAUGACGCUUUUGGAUACUUUCGUUCGCACGCAAGCUGACAUUUCUCAGCUCUGCGAGCGAGUGAGACCGGUCAAGAUGCCUGAACAGAACUAUGACUUCAUCGUCGUCGGUGGUGGAACUGCAGGUUCGGUUGUGGCAUCAAGACUUAGCGAACACCCCUACUGGAAAGUCCUGUUACUGGAAGCAGGCCCCGACGAGCCUCCAGGUGCCGACAUUCCCAGCAUGGUGGGAAUGUUCCUAGGCAGCGAGCUCGACUGGAUGUAUACGACUGUAAACGAGCAGAACGCGUGCCUGUCGACCGGAGGAUCAUGCUAUUGGGGACGAGGCAAGGUCCUUGGAGGAACAUCGGUGCACAAUGGCAUGAUGUACAUGCGAGGACACCCCAAGGACUACAACGACUGGGUGGAUAUGGGCAACGUGGGAUGGUCCUGGGACGAGGUUCUGCCUUACUUCAUGUGCUCUGAGAAUAACACAGAAAUUAACCGAGUGGGCCGGAAACGACACGCUACAGACGGGUUGCUCAACGUAGGGAGGUUCCCUUCGAUACCAGCAAUAUCCAAAGACAUCCUCGCAGCAGCCGCGGAACAGGGUUACACUAUUUCAGAGGACCUCAACGGGGACCAAUUCACCGGGUUCACGAUUGCCCAAGCGAUGCAGAAAAGAGGAGUUAGGCAUAGCUCUGCAUCAGCCUUCCUGCGACCUGUUCGGUACAGGCAGAACCUCCAGGUGGCCCUCAACGCCACCGCUACUAGGAUCAUUGUUGAAAAUGGGAAAGCUGUAGGCGUGGAAUACUAUCAAUACGGUCAACGUCGAGUCGCUCGAGCCAGACUCGAGGUAGUCGUUUCUGGAGGAACGGUUAACUCCCCUCAGUUGUUGCUGCUGUCUGGAAUUGGACCAAAGGAACACUUGCAAGCUGUCAACGUCAGUGUCGUUCACGAUCUUCCAGGCGUGGGAGAGAAUCUACACAAUCACGUGUCUUACACCAUAUCCUUCUCCAUCAACCAGCCAAACGAGUACGACCUGUCCUGGGCGGCGGCUGUCGAAUACGUUGCGUUCCAGACUGGACCACUGGCGUCCACUGGCCUGUCCCAAAUGACAGGAAUUAUCCCCUCGUCGUACACCACUCCUGACCACCCUGAUCUUCAGCUGUUCUUCGCUGGAUAUCAAGCAUCCUGCAGCGCUACUGGAGAGCUGGGAGCCCGCAUGAGCAACGGACCUCGAAGCAUAAGCAUUUCGCCUACGAAUCUUCAUCCACGCAGCAGAGGAACUCUUCGUUUGGCCAGCAAGGAUCCCUUCGCCCAUCCCUUAAUGACUGCAAACUAUCUGUCCGACGAUCUGGACGUGGCCGUCCUUGUCGAUGGAAUUAAGAAAGCUCUCGCCUUCAGUAACACCACCACCAUGGCGAAGUACAAUAUGACACUAAGCGAGACACCUCUGCAGGCUUGCUCACAGUACCAGUUCCUCAGCAACGACUACUGGAGCUGCGCCGUGCGCCAGAACACGGGCCCGGAGAACCACCAGGCUGGCUCCUGCAAAAUGGGCCCCGCCAGCGACCGCAUGGCCGUGGUGAACCCUCGACUAUGCGUACAUGGCAUCAAGGGACUGCGGGUUGCUGACAUGUCCAUCGUGCCGCGGCUGAUGUCCAGCAACACGGCCGCUGCUGCGAUAAUGAUCGGCGAGAGAGCGGCAGCCUUCAUCAAAGAGGACUGGGGUGUCAGCGGAACACAAUGUUCCCGUUCUACGAUCGACAACUCGCUGGAUCUAUUGCUCUGGGGGAUCAAGUACAUCGACUGGGAUCAGAGUAUCUGGUAGCCAAGAUCCUCGAUCGAUCUAGUCCACGAUUCAGCCGAGUCUCGUUCGCCAGGCGAAUUUACCGAGUAACGUCGCCAAAGAGACGCCCCCACGAAAGGAUGCCUGCCUUUCCCUUCGCCAACGUGAUCCAGAGUCGAUCGAAGCGCGUGGAACGAGAAAACCAACGAACACCGACACUAGCCUUCGUCCAACUGUUACCGAUAUCGUUACCACCGCGAUCUUCCUGCGACCUCUGCUCUCGUGGCGCAUGGUCGAGUCCGCGUCGAGCCCACGUAACUCGAAUCCGACCCGAAACUCACUUCGAGACUUUGUUCGAUUCGGAUGCGUUUACGCAUGCUCGAAUCUCUGUAUGCCAUUUCGUGAGAUGUUUCCUCUCUUAAGCGAAUAAAGAUUGAGUUGUUGCAACGACAAUUUCACGCGAUGCAUCGAUCUGCUUCUGCACGAGCUUAAAAUAGUACUGAAAUUAAUUCUCAUCCGUCCACUUGUUAUCUGAAAGUAUUAAAUCCAACGCAAACGAAUUUCAGACGCAGAGAUUAGAUUCUAUCAAGGUAACAUCGUUGUUACAUGAUUAUAUUUGCGCGGUUGUUUGUCACUGUCUCCAAAUUGGUUUUAUGUAGAUUCACGUGUUUGUGUUGCUUCACGUUGAAAAACAAAAGGGACGUCAGAUUCCGAGAAUCGGAUACGUCCCGUCGCUUGUCCUCAAUUUGAGAAAAACUUCCAUAGUUCGUGCAAGUGAAAUGAUGCAGAUAGACUAUGUUACAUUUCGAACAGUGUCCCGCUCCUGAUUGCCGUCAGUGGUUUUUUAACGAGUUCAUCGUGCUGAUUAGUCAACCAUAAUACGUUCGUCAAGAACGUCGAAUGACCAACGACGUUGUAGUCGAACCGUGACUAACAGGCUACAAAAUAAUGUCCCGAUUAGCUACCGUCCGCGAUGGAAGUUCGACACUCCAUUGGCUAGAUCUUAACCGAGCAAAAAUUGAAAUUCUAACGAGAGCUUCGAGAAAGGGAGCUUUAACCACUUCUCAAGACCAAAGAGAUUCGGUACUGCCCGCGUCCAGGAGCAGCCAGCCAAUAAGUAUAAGUUAGCUCGUCAGCGAUACGGGAGAAAGCAACAUCGGCGACUGUAAAUCAAAAUGUUGUAAAUAAAAUAGUAUCUAUGACAGAA